CCUGAGCUCAGUUGGUGGCAGUCCGCAAUCGGCGCCUGCUUGUGAUGGGUGUGCAAGGCAGUCUCUCGUGAGCGCGCCUACCUUCCCUGUUCCGCAGAAUCGCGGCAGCGCGCUACACGGCCGUCAGGAUGGAUGAAGUGGGCUCGUUCGGAGCCGGGCGAGCCGGUUCGGCCUUCGACCUCAUCGCAUUUGUCAAACGGCCCCAGACUAUCCUAAGAGUUCUAGCAUGGAUCUUCUCCAUGGUGGUCUUUGCAUCUAUAAUAAACGAAGGCUAUGUGAAUAUGGGCAGCGAGCGACUGCACUGUGUCUUUAAUAAGAACACAGACGCCUGUAACUAUGGCAUCACAAUAGGAAUCGUGGCUUUCAUAGCCAGUGUCUUAUUACUGGCCUUGGAUGUCUAUUUCCCCCAAAUCAGCAGUGUUAAAGACAGAAAGAGAGCAGUGCUGUUGGAGGUGGUCUUUUCAGGAUUCUGGACAUUCCUGUGGUUUGUGGGAUUUUGCUUUCUGGCCAAUCAGUGGAGCCAUACGUCCCCUAAAGAGUUGCCACUGGAGCAAGCGACAGACGCAGCGCGAGCAGCUAUUGCCUUCUCUUUCUUCUCUAUUCUUACCUGGGCCGGCCUCACGGUGUGCGCCAUUCAGAGGUUCCUGCUCGGUACUGACAUGACCCUGUUUACCAUCGAGCCUGUGGCCAGCCAGCCUCCUAAACAGCCGUACCCCUCCAAUGACGUGAUUGGCCAGACGACUAUCCCCGUCAACGCCUACCAGAGUCCACCGCUCAUCGAAACCAUGGAGACCCGCCCUCCUGAUUACAAGAUCCCACCCGCGUUUUAAUCCACAGCCAAUCAGAAGGCAAAGAAUAUACAGCAGGCACGCUGAGGGACAUAGACUGCUGUUUAUGUUAGCUAAACGUAUUGUGACGUACCACAUUUUAGCAAUGGGGUGGAGAUGCUGUUCACCUCUGUAGUGUGCACUUAUAAUACAGAAUUAAAUGAUGAUGCAGUUUCAGUAACUCAAGCUAAACUGAUGAUUACCUACCCAAAGGUUUUACAUUGACAGUAAAGAUCAAAUAAUCACCAUGUGUUAUUUAUUUAGCACAUAUUUAUUCCUGUUUAAUCCAACAUGUUAAAAGUGCACCAAGUAAUUUUUCAUUUACAUUUCUCUGGCUAACACAAAAAGGAAUUUUUUAAUUGAUAUUACAUCUAUCGGCUAAACGCUAAUAGGAUAUUUUCAACCCAGCAUUGGGUCAAAAAGAGACGAGCCCAGCCUGCUGGGUUGUAAUUAAACCCAUGAUGGGUUGUUUCAAUCCAAUGUUGGGUCAAAUAUAAAUUUUUUGCAAUUUAACCUAUGCUAAAUUGUUUCAACCCAAAAUGCUGGUUUGUUUUAACCCAUUGUUCGGUCAAACAUAAAUAUUUUCUGGGUAAAUGUAACUCUUUUUGACCGAAUGCUGGGUUGAAAAUAACCCAGCAUUUUUUUUGUGAACAGGUUGGUCAUCUUAAGGAUACAUUUAUGUAUGGAUUUAUGUACUGUAUGACUGGAACCUUAUGUAAGAUUUAUCAUUUUAAACAGUACUCUUCUUGUCCAGGGCUAAAACUUUUUUCCAAGGAAAAAUUACUGCAUGUAUCAAGUAUAACAAAGACAAAAUUUAUUGAUUAGUGCUUCUAGUUUUUUAUUAGCAGUUAUUUUUGUGGCUCAAUGAAUAUUAAGUAAUACACUACAACAUUUUGGUAAAGCUGACCAACAACAGUAUUUGUAGCAUCACAUCCAUGAUUAAGUUGUCAUUUGUAUCCAGAUCUGUUUCUGCAUUUCCGCCUUUUUGUGUUUCAAAGCAAAUAGUGUUAUGCUAGGGAGGGAGUGAGAUGGUAAGGAAAUGAAACUGUCAGUCGUGUCUUAAAUUCAAAGAAGACAUUCCAGAUGAAAAAACUGAGAUGAUGGCAUCAGAUUGUUUACUUGACCAAGCAUACUGUACAUCAUGUAUGAGUAUGUGUGGGUUCACUGUAAAAAAUGUAAUGUUGGAACAACUUGAAAAAUACCUUUAUUAAUAAAGUUUUUCAACUUAAAAUUUCACUUUUUUCAUUUUUUAGUUGGUACCAGUUAAAGUCACUUUUUAAGUUGAACCAACU